GGUGAGAGGCCAGCUCCCACAACCCACCGCGCGGGCGGGAGGGCGGGCUGGACGAGGACGCGCGUCGGCGCCAUUUUGCCGCGGGUCGGGUCGUGUUUGGUGUUUCGGGUCCGGGCGGUGAGGGAGCGGGAGCGGGAGCGGCGGCAUCAUGGCGUACCGCGGGCAGGCGCCGAAGGUGCAGAAAGUGAUGGUGCAGCCCAUCAACCUUAUUUUCAGAUACCUUCAGAAUCGGUCACGAAUCCAAGUGUGGUUAUAUGAACAAGUCAACAUGAGGAUAGAGGGCUGUAUAAUUGGCUUUGAUGAGUACAUGAACCUUGUUUUGGAUGAUGCAGAGGAAAUUCAUAUGAAAUCUAAAGCAAGGAAGCCGCUGGGUCGUGUGAUGCUGAAAGGGGACAACAUCACCUUACUGCAGAGUGUCCACACCUAGACCUGCCAUCAGUGAAGCCAUUCCUUUAGUCUAUAGCACUCAAAGUCUGUUUCUAGCUUUUUGGAUGUCCCCGUUCUCCUAACCAAUCGUGAUGUGUUUUAAUCGUGAUGUGUUUUUUUUUUACCUUUCUCCGAGAUAAAAACAUUACAACGUACAACGCCUUGGUAUUAAUAUUCUUGAAGAUCAGUUUGAAAGGAUCACAGCCUCUUAAUAUGUUCCAAUUACUGCAAACCAAUGGGUGAGAUAAAACACAAAGUGCUGGGGUUACUCAGUAGGUCAUGCGGCAUCUGUGGAGGGAAUGGACAGACAAAGUUUCCAUUGAGGAAAGCCUUGACAUUAUUCCUUCCUUGACAUUAUGGACAUGCUGCCUGGUUCAUUGAGUUACUGCUCAGAAUUCUAGUAUCUUUCUCUUUCUUUUGUAAGCCAGCAUCUGCAAUUCCUUGUUUCUCUCUCUUAAACUUUCCAGUGUUGAACUGGUUCAUUGACAGCGCAAGCAGACUGAAACCGGAUAAGAACCUGUGCAGUCGGAGACUUUGUCAUUAGCGCAUGUGUAUUGUAAUCAUGUUUAUUUACAUGGAGCUUGCAAAUAAAUAGACGCAGGAUUGCCA